CACGAAUCAACUAACAUGGAUCUCUCCACCUGGGCACUCCCCCAGCUCUCUAAGAUUCUCCCCUUGGAUGACGAGUCACUCAAACAAAUUAUCUCAUACUCCGAAAGCUUACCAAACAAGGAAACCGCAGAACAUCUCCAAAGUUUUCUUGGAGAUAGCCCGCAAGCGUUAGAGUUCAUCACAUCCUUCAACAAUCAUCGAAAGCUUCAGCAAUCUACCACUGCUAGCCAAAUUCAUUCAUCAAAUGAGCUCUCAGAAGUUCCCAAAGCAAAGCCCCGCAAGAAGAGAGGCGGAGGUUUAGGCAAACUUCCUCCACCACGGCAGCCAGAGAGUUAUGGCAAUACCUCUGGCGGGUAUCUAAAGAAAGAGGAGGAGGAAUACAUGGCUGGGGCAUCGAAGCAGAAGGGAACGAAAGCCAGCGCCUUCGCUCUAGUUGAUAAACCAAAGGCCGUUCAGAAACCAGCCACCGGCUCUAGGUCCAGCUCAGCAACGCCAGCAUCAAGGGGUAUAUCUCCAGCACCCGCGCCAAAGCCUCCACCAUCCGCAGCAGGCCAAUUGAUUUCCGAUGUUAAAACGUCCCGGAACUCGUCUCCAAAAGCCAAAGCCAAAAUCAGCGUCCAAGGCGGGACGUCCAUGCAAGGUGCCUCUACCACCCUCAACGACCUCGACUCCGCUAUCCGCGCCCUAGAAAUCCAAACUAAUCCAACCCUCCCAUCUACUCAAGAUGACAUGAAGCGAAAAUGUAACUGCAUGGCAGCCCGCCAUCCCCUCCUUGAAGCAGCCCCCAACUGCCUCAACUGCGGCAAAAUCAUCUGUGUAAAAGAGGGCAUUGGUCCCUGCACCUUCUGCAACGCGCCUCUCCUCAGCGCCACAGAAGUGCAAUCCAUGGUCCGCGUGCUACGAGAAGAGCGCGGGAAAGAGAAGAUGGCCGCAAACAACGCCUCGCAGAAGCGGGCAGAAGUGUCUCUAGCGCCGCGGCCAUUCUCAACGCCUAAGUCAGCCACGCCUGUGUCCUCUAACCCGCCGAGCGACUCCGAGAGCGAGAAGUUAGCGAAGGCGAAACUGCAUCGUGACAAGCUCCUUGCGUUUCAGGCACAGAAUGCGAGGCGGACGCAGGUCCACGACGAGGUUGCCGAUUUCGAAGUUCCAACUGCGGGACUCAGCAUGUGGGCGAGCCCGCAAGAACGCGCUAUGCAGUUGAAGCGGCAGCAGAAAGCGCUCAGAGAACAGGAAUGGAAUGCGCGCCCGGAAUAUGAGAAGAGGAAAAUGGUUGCAAGCAUCGAUCUCGUUGGUGGAAAGAUCGUGAAAAGGAUGGCUCCUGCUGAGCGACCUACGACACCUGAGCGCGAGGAGGAUUUGCCCGCACCGAUUAAAACGCAUGAUCAGAGAUCAGCUGGUGGGGGCGCGUUUAGUAAAAAUCCGUUGUUGGGUGGCUUGAUUCGGCCGACCAUUAAGAUCGAAGGCAAGGGGAAGGAGAGGGAACACGAAAAGAAACAGACUUGGAGGAGGGUGCAGGAUGAUAAUGAGGAUAAUGAGCAGUGGAUUCUGGACGGAGGUGUGUAUGGAGGACGGGAGGAGGAGCCGGAGAAAUGUGGAUAG